AUGUCAACAACCGGAGACCUCACAUGGACGGGGCCCACUUCGGUUCGCCAGUGCGAACGGACGCUUCUCACUUGGAGCGGGGGAGCGGGGCCGUUCCGUCUCCGAGUGACCUCUGGUAGCGGCACCUCUCGACAGCUGGGACCGUCAAGUGGUAUCUCAGGGCGCUCCUACUCCUGGCUCGUCGACUACCCUGCUGGUACUCGGCUGACGAUCUCCGUUGUGCCAUCCCUGGCGCGAUACUAUCCUACCGUGUCUGUAUCUGUCCUGUCAGGCAGUGAUGACUGUACCCUCUACGGAGCCGUUCGGCCAGCCACCAUCCGCAGCUCCACCACUCGCACAUCAGCCACACCAGCCAUUACGAGGAUCACAAUCACUCCUCCCAGGACAAUCGCCACUUCGACCGUCUUCGCUACAGCGUUCACUGGUACAUCAUCUGACGAGGAAAGCACCACAGAAGAAGAGACGCUACAGACUUCCACCACCCGCGACAGCUUAUCACUAUCGUCAUCGGAAUACGAACGCUUGAAACAGUCCGACUUCACUUCCAGCGAUCGAACGGCCUCUAUCUCGGGCUCUCAUCAACCCAGUGGGAGCAGCACAGGCGGCUCUGAUGGCGGCACAACCGGUACUCCCGGAGACAACGUUGGCGGUGGUGGUGGAGGUGGGGGAAGCGCUGGAGGUUCCUCGCGCGAUAUCGGCGCAAUCGUUGGCGGCGUCGUGGGCGGCAUUCUUGGCUUGGCCCUGAUCGGCGCUCUCCUCUAUGCGUGGCUACAUGCUCGCCGCCGGCGUCGGAACGAGCCGACCAAUGUCCUCGACCUCGAGGCAGAGACCACAGAAGCGAUGAUGGAGCCGGAAUCCUACCCCGUCACGCCCUACACGCCGACCGUUACGGCGAGCAGCGACCACACGGGGAUCCCAGAGGAAUCACCGCUCCUGGUAACGAAGGAGGCGCCGGCGCCACCGGACCAAACGGACGAGUACGCCAUCGAUGCAGGCCCUGUCAGAGAGCAGAGACCACCACAGUACGAUCCUAACUGGUCCCGCGAGCAACCCAAGUCUUUCUGA